AUGCAAAUGGAGCUGCGGGUCGGUGGACGUUUUAGACUAGGAAGGAAGAUCGGAAGCGGUUCUUUUGGUGAUAUUUACUUAGGCCUGAAUGUGCAAACCAACGAGGAGGUAGCAGUUAAAUUAGAAUGCAUCAAAUCAAAACAUCCGCAACUUCACAUAGAAGGCCGUUUAUACCGUGUGAUGUCUGGUGGUGUGGGAAUCCCAGAUGUGAAAUGGUGUGGCCUCGAAGGCGAGUAUAAUGUUAUGGUCAUGGAACUGCUUGGUCCUUCUUUAGAGGAUUUGUUUAACUUCUGUCAGAGGAAGUUUUCAUUGAAGACAGUUCUUCUUCUUGCCGACCAAAUGAUUACUCGAAUAGAAUAUAUUCACGAGCGGGACUACAUUCAUCGUGAUAUCAAACCAGACAAUUUUCUUAUGGGUCUUGGAAAGCGGGGAAAUUUAGUAUAUGUGGGUGUUUUCUCCAUAUCAGAUUAUGUCAUUACUGUGAAGAUUAGCCGAACGCGAUUGCUCUGUAUAAUUGAUUUCGGGUUGGCUAAGAAGUACCGUGAUUCACGAUCUCAGCACAUUCCAUACAGAGAGAACAAGAAUCUCACUGGCACGGCACGCUAUGCAAGUGUUAACACUCAUCGUGGUAUAGAACAAUCCCGGCGUGAUGACAUCGAGUCAUUAGGAUACGUCUUGAUGUACUUUAACCGUGGAACCCUCCCUUGGCAAGGCUUGAAAGCGGCAACGAAACGGCAAAAGUAUGACAAAAUCUCUGAGAAAAAGAUCUCCACAUCUGUGGAAGAGCUAUGCGCAUCCUAUCCUGAAGCUUUCGCCACUUACUUACGAUAUAGCCGCACGCUUGGAUUCGAAGACACUCCUGAUUACGGACAUCUUCGGCAACUUUUUCGAAACCUCUUUCACCGGCAGGGACUCCGCUACGACUACCUCUUUGACUGGAAUCUACUGAAGUUUGUCGUAAGAAUCUGUGACAGAGUUGCAGGACGAAAAACUAAACAUUGA